GUUCGGCUGAUUUCCUCACUUCUCGGUUUUUGUUCAAGCCAUCAAAUUCUUCGCAAAAGUAGGACUGGAAAGUGCAGCGACAUGUCAUGGGCUAAUGCGUACGACUCCAUGUGUUUUGAAUCGCACGUGUCGCGAUGCAAACACACAUGUGUUAGUCAUACGCAGCUCAUUAGAGCAUCUCUAACGAAGAGUUUUACACAUGCAUUGGAGCACCGUUGUCUGGUGCUGAACUUCUCAAUUUCACUGCAAGACUUAUUUGCAAAUUAGCUAGGCCAAUCAUGCUGAAUAACAGCUGGGCAAAUAACAAAUGGGAAAAACAGCAUGCAGCUAACCAAGUUGUUGAGUUUACUGUAUGCAGUUGGAUUCUGACCAUUAUCGCUUACAUCGUAGUUGCCUUCACAUUGCCGCUGUCUGCUUGUCUUUGCAUAAAGGUUGUGCAAGAAUAUGAGCGUGCUGUUAUUUUCCGUCUUGGUCGACUUAUGCCUGGAGGUGCAAAAGGACCAGGAAUAUUUUUCGUAUUGCCGUGCAUAGAUUCUUAUAAGAAAAUAGAUCUGAGGGUGGUUUCGUUUGAUGUUCCACCUCAAGAAAUUCUGUCGAAGGAUUCUGUCACAGUAGCUGUUGAUGCUGUUGUAUAUUUUCGCAUUUCCAACGCGACCAUUUCGGUUACCAACGUGGAGGAUGCGUCGCGGUCAACGAAGCUGUUAGCGCAAACGACUCUUCGAAACAUUCUCGGAACAAGAACACUGGCUGAAAUGUUGUCAGAUAGGGAAGCAAUUUCUCACCAAAUGCAGUGCACUUUGGACGAGGCGACGGAUCCUUGGGGCGUGAAAGUGGAGAGGGUCGAAGUGAAGGAUGUUCGUCUUCCGCUGCAGCUUCAACGUGCCAUGGCUGCGGAAGCUGAAGCAACUCGAGAAGCCGGAGCAAAGGUCAUCGCUGCUGAAGGAGAGCAGAAGGCUUCCAAGGCGCUUCGCGAGGCAGCUGAGGUGAUUGCUUCGUCACCGUGUGCAAUCCAACUACGUUACUUGCAAACGCUCAACAGUAUCAGUGCUGAAAAGAAUUCUACCAUCAUCUUCCCGUUCCCAAUCGAGCUUAUACAUAAUUUCUUCCAUUCUAAAACUGAAAAAAAUUUGUAAUUAUUUUUCGUUCAACUUGUCGGGAUUUUGUUUUCGUGCUAACCUAUUCUCCUAUGCUGUGCAUAUCAAUUUCGGUACAUAAUAAUACAGAUAUUCUUGAGAAGUAUUAAGUUCUAGUCGAAAAUGCCAUUUAUUCCCAUGAGAUCUUAUUGAGUUUCAAGUGCUAACAAUUUGUGCUGCUUACAUUUGUGUUUUAUGUCCUCAAAUUACAAUAAAUAAGUCUUGC